GUAAGAGAGCGGCUAGUGUAUAGAUAGUCGGCCAGUUUCCCUCCUUUGUUUGUUGCUGUUUUUAGUGCGCCGCGGCCCAUAGUAAUUACAUCCGUAAAAUCGUCGUCAUCGUCGUCGCCGUCAUCAUCAUCAUCGUAUCAUCAUCACCAUCAUCAUGUAUUUGAUCGUCAACAACGUAAUAAUUAUAGUUCAUGAACUUUUUUAUACAAUACGAUAGAUUAUUGAAAGAAAACAAACAAACGUUUUUCUGAAGAUUUUUACCGCGAGUGAGAUAAUAAGCGAUAGACUCAAUCGCCAGUCACAACAAUGUCACAAGAGAUAUUCGAUGCACUAUCUGGUGUAUCGUUGGAUGGUUCGUCGGUACAAGCACUAUUUGCAACUCAGACUUUAAUUAGUGAAGUUGAGCAGUCAGCAAUCAAUCAGGAAGAAGAUGAUUUAUUCCAGUGUGGCAAGUGCAGAAGUCAGUUUACAUCUCUGCACCUGUUUGUACUACAUAAGAGGGAGCAUUCAAAAAUUCCAGAUCAAAAAGUAGACUUGAGUCAGUAUUUAGUAAACAACGAUAGUCAUGUAGCUCAAGCUGAUUGUAAUAAUGGACAAGAUAGUGAUAGCUGUAAUGAUUACAAUCCUGACGGGCACUUUGGUCAAUCGCACCAACUCAAUGAGCCUAUUAUUUUGGAAGAAAAUGAUUUAUUAUUCAGUAUGGAUGCUGAUGAUGUUGGCUAUUUUACUUCCGAUGCUAAUUUUGGUGUCCCUAUAAUUUUAAGCAAUGGUGAUUUGGAAACAUUCGUUGAUUCACCUUUAACUGGAUCGACGGAUGAUUUCUUAAGCGAAGAAAACAAUGAAAUACCAGUGUUGAAAAGUGAUACAAACCAGAAUUUAGAAUCUACUCCAGAUCUAGAUAUAUCAAAUGAUAACCAUCAAGAAACAAAACAUCUUGAUAAUCUGAAAAUAGAUGAUCAGGUAGUUACUAAAACUGAUCCCAGUAAUUCAAAUGAACAAGAUGUUAAUGAACGAGAAAACAAGUCUGGUCAAACACAAAAUUUAAAGUACAAGUGUAGCUACUGCCAAAAGCAAUUUGCCAAAAAAUUUUACUGGCAACAACAUGAACGCUCUCAUACAGGAGAAAAGCCAUAUCAAUGUGUAGUUUGUGGUAGACCAUUUGCUCAAAAAUCGAAUGUAAAAAAACAUAUGUCUUCGCACAAAGUCUGGCCAGGAACAGCAAUUCAUUCCUUGCCUCCAGAAGCUCCUGUUGAUGGAAGCAUCGAGCGCUCGUAUCAUUGUCAGUUUUGUAAAGAAAUAUUUGAUUCCUACAAGGCUUUAAAAGGCCACCUUAUUGUUUCGCAUUUAACUCUGAAGGUUUAUAAAUGCGUGCAAUAUGGUUGCGGCUCGAUGUUUGCAGAGCUUGAAGAUUUUCUCGAGCAUACGCGCAGUCACAAAUGUGCAGAAUAUCGAUGUCAUAUAUGUGGUGACGUUUUUGUUACACUUAAUGAUCUCGGUCAACAUCAACAUACGCAUUCCGUCCAAAAACAAAAAACUACCGAAAAGUAUUACUGUUGUACGGUGUGCAAGUCCUCAUUCUCUAAUUUAGAAGCUCUUCAGCAUCACACAGAAACUACUACUCAUGAUUACGCUUGUCCUCACUGUGGCAAAAGCUUUUUGAUCGAACGUUUUCUUCGACGGCAUCUAAAAACCCAUGCUUCAUCAGCUCGUUUCGCCUGCGAGGAUUGCGGCAAAGCCUUUAAAACCGAGCAAUAUCUUGCUAAUCAUAAACUCAUUCACAGCGAAGAAACUCCUUAUACCUGUCCACACUGUCCGGCACGGUUCAAACGUAAAGAUCGACUUGGUCGUCACAUGUUGAUCCAUGAUUUGACCAAACGGCUUAAAUGUCCUUAUCGUGGCCACCUUGGUUGUAUGAGUGAAUUUUCACGUCCAGAUAAACUCAAACGUCACUUAUUGACGCACAGUAAUGUUAAGCGUUUUAGUUGUUCGCACUGCAGUCGUCAUUUUCAUCGCGCUCAGGCAUUAAAACAUCAUGAGCUCAGUAAACACAACGUCAAGUGCGAAGUUUGCUCACAUGCAUUUAAAACUAAAGAUCAGUUACUGAGUCACAAUUGUGAGCAAUCAACUAUUGAUUUGAAAAAACACACAACGAGCUCGCAGUUACCGAAGAAAGCGUCAGGGUCGUUUAAACCACGAAGGCCGACUCCUAAACGUCAAAUACCUUCCAAAACGACUCAAACUGCAUCUCCAUCUACGACCACUCCGCCAAUUACCCCUGAAAAAGAACAUAAGGAAACGCCCAAAACUGAUGAAAUAAUAAAAAAGAUGCCUGUGGAAUUACCAAAAACUGAACCGAAAAUCGAUGAUGAUAUCGAUUCCAAAAUUGAUCUAGAUUUUGAUUUAAGCAAUGAAGGAUCGUUAAUUUUAGACACUUUUUAAAACUUUUAAAGUACAUUUGUUAAAAAUAUUUGUACAUUUAAAAAAUCGUGGAGUCUGUAAUGUAUCGAACUUUUGCUAUACAUUUUAUUUCCUCUUGCGAUAUCAAAGGGAAUUGUUAACAAUAUAACAAUUUACCUUAUUAUUAUAUCUGCACGACUCUAAGCUCUGAUGAUUUUAAACUUUCGUAAGUAAUAAAUAUGGAAAAACAAGAUUAAAAUUGUGAGAACGUAAAAUUACAAAAAAUUAAAUAAAUAACAUAUAAGCCAUACUUUUUAUCUACGCAACAAUCGUUGAAGCCGUCAAUUCUUCAACUCUAAGUCUGUUAGAAAUUAUGCAUAACCAAUUUAAUACGUAUUAUAGAAAACAUGACAUGAAUUCUCUGUAAACGAAAGGUGAAAUGAAAAAUUUUAGACUGCUUUUCGUGAUCAGCUCUGUAAAGCUCAAACUUGCAUUUUUUGACGAACUUUGGCAUACUGUAUUUUGUAGUUAUAUAUCUGUGAUAAUUGUACUAUGUAAGCUGUCUUAUAUAAAUUAUUUAUAUCAACUUAUACAUUAAGUGUGUGUACUUCUAUACUAUAACAAUAAGAAAAGAUAUACAGAAACAA